CGUUGCAUAUUCAAGAGGCGGGCGGGCGGGCGGGCGGGCGGUGGAGCGGACGCCGCGGCGGCUGCGAGGCGCCAUGAAGCUCAACGUGGACGGGCUGCUGGUCUAUUUCCCGUACGACUACAUCUACCCGGAGCAGUUCUCCUACAUGCUGGAGCUCAAGCGCACGCUGGACGCCAAGGGUCAUGGAGUCCUGGAGAUGCCCUCAGGCACAGGGAAGACAGUGUCCCUGCUGGCCCUGAUAGUGGCCUACCAGAGGGCUUUUCCGCUGGAGGUGACCAAACUUAUCUACUGCUCUCGGACCGUGCCAGAGAUUGAGAAGGUCAUAGAAGAGCUCCGCAAGCUGCUCAGCUUCUAUGAGCAGCAGGAGGGCGAGAAGCUGCCGUUCCUGGGACUGGCACUGAGCUCAAGAAAGAACCUGUGCAUUCAUCCCGAGGUGACACCCCUGCGCUUUGGGAAGGACGUGGAUGGCAAGUGUCACAGCCUCACCGCCUCCUACGUGCGAGCCCAGUACCAGCAGGACGCCAGCCUGCCUCACUGCCGCUUCUAUGAGGAGUUUGACACCCAUGGGCGCCAGGUGCCCCUCCCUGCAGGCAUCUACAACCUGGACGACCUGAAGGCCCUGGGGCAGCGGCAGGGCUGGUGCCCCUACUUCCUGGCUCGAUACUCGAUCCUGCAUGCCAACGUGGUGGUUUACAGCUACCACUAUCUCCUGGACCCCAAGAUCGCAGACCUGGUGUCCAAGGAGCUGGCCCGCAAGGCCGUUGUGGUCUUCGAUGAAGCCCACAAUAUUGACAAUGUCUGCAUCGACUCCAUGAGCGUCAACCUCACCCGCAGGACUCUGGACCGCUGCCAGAGCAACUUAGACACCCUGCAGAAGACCGUGCUCAGGAUCAAGGAGACCGAUGAGCAGCGGCUGCGGGACGAGUACCGGCGCCUGGUGGAGGGGCUGCGUGAGGCCAGUGCGGCCCGGGAGACAGAUGCCCACCUCGCCAACCCCGUGCUGCCGGACGAGGUGCUGCAGGAGGCCGUGCCCGGCUCCAUCCGCACCGCAGAGCACUUCCUGGGCUUCCUGCGGCGCCUGCUGGAGUACCUCAAGUGGCGGCUGCGCGUGCAGCAUGUGGUGCAGGAGAGUCCGCCUGCCUUCCUGAGCGGCCUGGCCCAGCGCGUGUGCAUCCAACGCAAGCCCCUCAGGUUCUGUGCUGAGCGCCUGCGCUCCCUGCUGCACACCUUGGAGAUUGCUGACCUGGCGGACUUCUCCCCGCUCACACUCCUUGCUAACUUCGCCACUCUCGUCAGCACUUACGCCAAGGGCUUCACCAUUAUCAUCGAGCCCUUCGAUGACAGGACCCCCACCAUCGCCAACCCCGUCCUGCACUUCAGCUGCAUGGACGCCUCCCUGGCCAUCAAGCCCGUGUUUGAGCGCUUCCAGUCUGUCAUCAUCACCUCUGGGACGCUGUCCCCACUGGACAUCUACCCCAAGAUCCUGGACUUCCACCCCGUCACAAUGGCGACCUUCACCAUGACGCUGGCCCGAGUCUGCCUCUGCCCCAUGAUCAUUGGCCGUGGUAAUGACCAGGUGGCCAUCAGCUCCAAAUUUGAGACCAGGGAAGAUAUUGCUGUAAUCCGCAACUAUGGCAACCUCCUGCUGGAGAUGUCUGCUGUGGUCCCCGACGGCAUUGUGGCCUUCUUCACCAGCUACCAAUACAUGGAGAGCACUGUGGCCUCGUGGUAUGAGCAGGGCAUCCUUGAGAACAUCCAGAGGAACAAGCUACUCUUCAUCGAGACCCAGGACGGGGCAGAGACCAGUGUGGCCCUGGAGAAGUACCAGGAGGCGUGCGAAAACGGCCGGGGGGCCAUCUUGCUCUCAGUGGCUCGGGGCAAAGUGUCGGAAGGGAUUGACUUUGUGCACCACUACGGGCGGGCUGUCAUCAUGUUCGGUGUCCCCUAUGUCUACACCCAGAGCCGCAUUCUCAAGGCCCGGCUGGAGUACCUGCGGGACCAGUUCCAGAUCCGAGAGAACGACUUCCUCACCUUUGACGCCAUGCGCCACGCAGCCCAGUGUGUGGGCCGGGCCAUCAGGGGCAAGACAGACUACGGUCUCAUGGUCUUUGCAGACAAGCGCUUUGCCCGGGCCGACAAACGUGGGAAGCUGCCUCGCUGGAUCCAGGAGCACCUGACAGACUCCAACCUCAACCUGACGGUGGACGAGGGUGUGCAGGUCGCCAAGUACUUCCUGCGGCAGAUGGCGCAGCCCUUCCACCGGGAAGAUCAGCUGGGCCUGUCACUGCUCAGUCUGGAGCAGCUGCAGUCUGAGGAGACGCUGCGGCGGGUUGAGCAGAUCGCACAGCAGCUCUGAACACAGGACUGUGGCGACAUCUGUGCCACCAGGAAGGUCCCCGGACCCUCAGGCAGUCACCCAGUGCCAGACAGAGUACAGUCUUUAAUUGCAGGGUCCCGAUCCACAGGUGCCACCGUGCAGGGUGCCAGGCAGCCACCCAUCCCCUCCCCGGUUCCUGGGCAGCCGUGGCCACCGCAGCCGGCCACUUAUCGAGGGCUCAAGUCCUGGGUGCUGGCGCUGAGGGUCCGAGAGGCCUCACUCAGGGUCCCGGUUGAGAGCUGGGGGCAGGCACCGGAGCCGUCAGAGCUCUCUUCCAGUUGACACUGGGCUGUCAUGCCUCUCCCCCACCCCACCCACGUGCUUGUCCCCGAGGGAGCCCCGCCUCUCCCGUCUGGCUGAGCCUGCCAGCGGCACCCGCUCCAUCUCUGGCCUCACCUGCGUCCUGGCGGCCCGCGGGCCAUCCACGUUCAGCGUGUUGAGUGACAUGGCCCUCUUCAUCCUGCAGAGGACAGGAGUGGGUCAGGGAGGCGUCACAGAGGAGGGCUGACAGGCUGCUGACCCCAGCCAGCACUCACCCUGCAGCCCCUGCCGCGGCCUCCCCUCGGAGGCGCGAGACCAGCUUCUCACUGCCCCUCCGGAUGGACUCCCGCAGCUUGGAGAAGGAGCUGCUCCUGCGCAGGACCUGGGGAGGGCGGGCACGGUGACAUGUGGGGACAUGGUGGGGACCCACCCAGGACCCGGGUGGGGCCUGCUUACUUGCUGCUGUGCGUCACCAGCCGUGCCUGCGUGGGGGGCUCCUGUGGGACAGAAGGUGGUGGGGUGACAGGCGCCACACCGGAGGGAGGGUGGGCAGGAAGUAGGGGUGCGCUCACCAAGCGGGGCGGGCAGGGCCUCCUGGCUGAGGAUCUCCUUGUACAGCUCCUCAGCCUGCUGGUACUUGUUCUGUUUCAGGUAGGCCGAGGCCUGCGGGGAGGGCAGGGGCAGGGGCAGGGCGCGGCCAUCUGGUUUAGGCCUGGGAACGUCUCAGACCUGGCCGCCGCCUUCCCCGCACCCUGCCUCAGCUGAUCACAGUGCAGACGCCCCUCUGUGCCUCGCUUUCCUACCUCAGUGAAAUGUUAGGGGCAUCUGCUGUGAAAUAAAGCCUGACACAGGCUUCUGUGAA